UGUUGUGCUGAAAGCCCGACAUCAACAUCGACACGCACUUUCAGGGACUUUUAUCGAAAAUGGACCAAAAUUUGGAAAUUCUUAGGCAGCAAUUGUUAAUUACUAAGUUAAUGGAUGCAGCAUGUUGCAAUGGAGACCAAGCUAAGAAGUUGUUACUGGCCACAAAUUGGCAUUUUCAGGCUGCCUUAAGUUUGUUUUUCCAAGAAGCAGCCAUUCCAUCGUGUAGGAAUUGCCAUGGAAAUCACCACAAUUGUCAUUUAAAGAUGUGUACACCGCAGAACACUCCAGCCACACCGCCGAACUUCCCGGACGCCUUGAUGGCUUUCUCGAAAAUGUCUACGAAUGAAAAGCAUGGCACGUCACCCGUUAGCAAUCCAUAUCAUCAAGCAAUGCCACCACCAGCUCAGAUGUCGCAAUCGCCCACGUCACAGGGCAUCCAUAUAAAACCAUAGACUUCAUAAAAACCUGAUAGUUUAUUCAAAUUCAUCAGCUGGAUGAUUUUUGUCUCUCUCUCAUUCAUCGACACAGAUUUUAAGUCUUCACGGACUUGCGUAACUGUACAUUUGUUGAUGUACUUGAUGUGUAGAUUUAAAAUUGUUGAGAGGAAGACAGAUGAUUUAUUGUGUUGGUGAAAGUGUCGUUAUGAACUUAGUUUACAUAAAGAGACAUAGCGUAUUUUUGUGUCCGUGGACGCAUUUGGUGUCAGGAUUGAGGAGACGAUGGGAGGUCUGGACUACAGUGUGGACGAGGCAAUGAUUUGUACAUAUAUAGCCUAUAGUAGAUCAUGUUAUGUUGAUGUGAGCAAGUGACUUUCUUACUCCUGUUUCAAGCUGUUUGAAGAAAAAUUACUUAGGUAUCCAAUUCAUAGUGCUCGUAUAGAAAAGAAAUCCUCGGAGGAGAGCUUCAUUGUGCAAGCACAAACAAUUCCUGCGUGAGGUAUAGAGUGGGAUCAUUUCCCCUUUAAGUUUUACUCCUUUUCCUUCACUGUACCAGGUGUGAGUGGGGCGGGAGUUACGACUUAUGGGGGAUGUAUUAGUUCCAGAGGGCGGGAUUUUUUAUUCAGUUCAGAUCACAACACAAGUCUUAUUGCAAUGCAUGUCUUUCUUUCGUUCACUGAUCCAGCAAUGUUAUUGUGGAUAAUGACAUUAGUGUACAAGAUGUAGCAUUACCCUAAAUUACAGUACAGUGCAAUAAAUAUGUGGUAUUGCGUUCUACAUUUUAAACUUGGCAGUGCUCCCACCAACCUACAGGUAAACAGGUUUGAUUGAACGUCACCUUUUUCUAAGCUAAGGCUUGAGCUUUGUUAUUGAACAAAUCAUGUUUUUUAUGGUCUUUCCUAGAGUCUCCACAUAUGAAACGGAUAAAUUUCCAUAUUUCACUUGUGUAUCUGUAGACUUCAAAGUGUGCUAAAUCUCCGGUCAAGAAUCGUCUGAGGUCUUGUUCUGAAGUUGAGCUCGGCUAUAGGGGGCGGGAUUAGUGAGAGGUUCAUGAAAACACUCUGGAUAUGGAUAAAAUUUCCAGUCGAUUAAAAGACGGUCAAUUGAUCCAUGAUGAAAACAACACCUUCUAAUUAUAGAAUUGCUAUCUAGUUUACACAGUUGCUAUGGUUACCAUGUUAUGACUGUGUACUGGGCCCUGUGUAUUGUUUAUUGCUUGUUUUCUCAAUGCUAGCUCGAUAUCGCUGAUUUUGAAUGAAAGUAAGGCAAGAAUCCUAUUUUAUCGGAUCAAAAAUUAGUCUCGACUGAUACAGACUUCAGUGAGUUGGUCUGAAACAAUUGACUCCUGAGAAAGACAGAAAAAGCAAUUUGUGGUGCAAUCAAUUUUGCGGAGUGAAAUUUGGAAGGAUGGGUGGUUUUCUGGAAUGCCAAUGGUGGAGUUGGCUGUUGCUUUUGUUUGCGUUUUCAUCAUGUUUAACGACGUUGUGCGUGUACAUUUUCUGCUGUUGUCACACUACAGACUAAAGGUGUAAGUACUAUUGGAAGCCAGGUGAAGUAGUACUCGCGCAGUCACUCACAUGCUCGCGUAUUUCUUAUGAUGUGUACUGUAGUGUUAUUGAAUUUGCCAGGAAUGUACACCAUGUUAUGGCAAUUCAGGUAACUUGUGGUAUUUUAAUCCUGAAAAGAGAAAGUUCAACAAUCUCGUGUAGAUGUUCUGUGAGGUGUCUUCAUAGAAAGUACAUACUGGACCUUAAGUCUAUGUUGAGUAAUUUGGUAAAUUUACGUUUGACCCGUUUUAAUGGCGAUGUUUCUACAAUCAUGCACUUACGGACACGUAUGCACAUUGAGUAAAACUUUGGAAUUCUGGAAUUUGGAUGAAACGUACUCGUGUACUCAUGUUCUGGUCCGACAGUCUGGUGUUGGUGCUGCUCAUUUUAACUGGGAGUGGUAGAAAACAAUAAUAAUUUUAGACAGGUCUAAUAUUCCAAAUCGCUAACGAUAUAACAGGGUCUGAAGGCAAUCCGCACAAAUUGCUUCUGUGACUGUAUGUGUGAUAAUAUUUCAGGAAAGCACAAUAAGUUCAGGUAGGCAGCAAGAGCGAUGGGGUUCAUUAAGAUGUUAGUAUGACUAUUUUAAUCGUUUUCAUGAUCAUGGAUGAAGCCAAACCGUGGACUACAGUCCUGGCCUGCUCCAAUAUUAUGUCACUGUGACUCACGAUUCGCAUUCUUCAAUCAGACCUCAUGAACCUUUGUGUUGUAAACAAGGUCUACAGUUUAGUUGAAGAAGUAAUAGAAAGAGGACAGCACUGCUUAGAUUGUUUUGAUGGCAGUGCUAUUAUUUUCAUUCAAAGGUUAAAGUUUUUAGGCUAUGAUUGAAAUAGAUAGCUGUUGUCAGGUUGGUGGAAGGGGGGUUGGGGGAAUUUAGGUCAGGAUUUGGGAGCGCGAGAGAAAUAUCGUACUGAAAAAGAUAGGUUGUGUGCAGACUAAAAGUAAAGAUGCUAGUUUUUGGCUGAGGGGGAUAUGACAUGGCAAUUUGGAGUAGACAAAAAAUGUAUGAUGAAUCUGCUAUAGUCGUUUUUGUGAUUUUUGCCUGCUAAAAAUAGGUGUAAGCUAGCAGGGAGAGUUGGUGAAAAAAACAGUUUUUACGCCGGUGUGUGUCAUGUUGCAAUAAUAUGUAGUCGUUGUUGGUACUUGCACCUGAAGUUGUAUUAUGGUGGCCAAAAGGCCCCUAAAAGUCCUAGUUGGGGCAUUGUUGGGGGCCUAUUUGCCACCAAAAUACAACUUACUGUAGUACUUGGGGUGGGUUGUGCCAUUAAAUCAUGAAAAUACGAUAACAGCACUCUAGUCUUUAAAAAAAAGCUAACAGAAAUGAGUAGGAUAUUUAGUAGCGCGUAAAUAAUCAAGAAUUCUGUUUUAUAUUUUCUACUUUAAAAAUAAAUUUUAGGUAUAUACACGCACUGCACAAAACACUAUGGCCACAGAAUCAAGACGAUGGCUGGAAUUCAAUGCGAUUUGCCCUAGUUCUGAAUCCUGAUCAUAUUAAUCAAAUAAGUUUCAGUUGAUGGAGUAAUCAUUUCAUUGAAUCAUAAUAUUUUAUAGUCUCAUAGGAAGGUGAUGAAGGGUUUUUGUGAUGGAUUAGUUGGGAGUGCUUAGUACUGGCACACUUUAAAAGCUCCCCCCAACGUUGUAGCAACUUCAUGCACUCUGUUCAAGUAAACUCAUUUAUUUUAGAAAGCCUGAUAUUUUCACGAUUUUUGCGGGAGAGGGCUUUAGUGGUGCGAAGACAUACUCUUAUCUUUGGAAAAUGCACCCAUUCACGAAAAAUAAAUAGAAGCAAAAUCUGAAAAGGAUGUUUUUGGAAAUAUUUAAGGCGGCAAAAAUGAGGGAAUUUACAAUAUAUAGUAAGGAAAAGAAAUGUAUACUCUACUGUAUACUGUACAAGAUAUGUCCUGAACAUCAAUGUUGGUGGCAAGAUCAUGGUGGUGUGGAUGAAUUUUUAAGGAGAGGGGUAAAUUGGGUGUUCACAAUCAACCUGUCUACAUGUACAUGUACCACAUAUGUUAUAGAAUUAUCGUUGGAAUUUUGUCCAGCACUUCAUGAAUCUUUUCACUAGAGGAAACUCCAACAUAUUUGUCUGCCUUUUUCAAAGUGAAUGAAUCUCAGUCUGUCCUCUGAAAAAGAAUGACUAGAUUACUAUGCUUUUCAUUUUUGAAAAAUAGCUCCUAUUUUUGCAGGGGUGGCUGGAUAAGACUGUGUGAUAUUCACUUUGAUAAAAGUUAACACGAUUUAAGGUGUCGGUUGUGAUUGGUUUUUUGUGGCAUGUUGUCACCAUCAGAUAAGAAUCUGUAUAGUUCACUUUUGAUUUUGAUUUUAUUUGUGAUAAAAAAUUUGUGUGCUCAGAAAGAUUAAACUGAACUUGCGGAGAUAUGACCAUUUUAAACUAGUGUCCACACUGACAGACUGGCAAAAGUUGUAUUCUCAGGAUAUGAAUAGAAGGAAGAUUUAACGAUGUAACUUACUAACCCGAUGUCUAGGAAGCGAAAAAAAAGUCAUUUUGCUUUUUUAGAUGGAGCUUAAUAAUGCCAUUACGGUACAUUGUAUGUAUGAUGUACAUAGUCUCAUUUCUCAUUACUGUUGUCAUACCAUCACUGUCAUAAUGGUUUCAUACUGUUUGUGUACAUUUGUAAGUCUGUUUUCACGACCUUGGUUAUUUUUACAUGUUGAUAUAAAGACCAUGUACACAUAUAUACUACUACGUAAUUUUCUUUGUAGUAAUGAUUCAUAAUAUUAUCAUAGGACUGUUCUGAAUUAUACCAGUGACACCUGAAGAGGCUGUGCCAGGACAUCGGUGAAAAUCGGCACAGCAGGGGUUGCAACGUCUUAAAAUAGUUUCCUUAACUUUUGAACUCUUAUGUCUUAUAGUCAGAUUGUUUAUUCAUAAUUGAUAACAUCUCUCAAGGCAGUUUUGGUCAUUGUUUUAAAAUGAAAAAUUGUCUUGUUUAGUAAUGCAAUUGGAUAGUGGUUGUUGACGAAUCAAGUUAGGCAUUGUAAAUUUAUAAAUACAAUACAAUGUCAUUUUGAAAUUAACUUGUAGCACGAUAUAAUUAAGAAUCUGUUCAUAAUGUGAGAUGCUAUCAAUUAUAGAUGAAAUUAAUUAGAGUGUGUUCGUUUAAAAUUAUCAAAUGUUUCUUUGAUGUUGUCAACCCCUCGUAUUGGUCUUUCGGGUAAAUUUUGAUCUCUUGUCAUUACUUGAACAAAUGCUAUGGCACUGUAUUCUUAGUAAUAAAAGUGAUCAAUACAUUUUAUAAA